GUCAGCUCUUUAAAUACAACGGAGAUCGAAGCCAAUAACGCCUGAAAGAGAAGCAGUGUCCAAGAAGGGAACGCCCGGCAGAUUUAUAUAUACUGUUGAAGGAGACUGUGUGCAAGAGCGGGCGAUCACAAUGUCUACCAACAAACACGACGUGAUCGUCAUUGGGGGCGGCAUCUCAGGUUUAACAGCAGCAAAAUUACUGGUGGAGUCUGGUUUAAAUGUGGUGGUGCUAGAGGCACGAGACAGGGUAGGAGGCCGUACCUACACCACAAGGAACAAGCACUGCAAAUAUGUGGAUCUUGGAGGUGCCUAUAUUGGACCCACCCAAAAUCGUAUUUUUCGUGUUGCAAAAGAGUUGGGGAUUGAGACUUAUAAAGUGAAUGAAGCGGAGAAUCUGGUCCAUUAUGUUAAGGGAAAAUCAUAUCCUUUCAAGGGGCCAUUCCCUCCAAUGUGGAAUCCUUUUGGUGUGAUGGAUUAUAACAAUCUCUGGAGGAAGAUGGAUGAAAUGGGAAAGGAGAUUCCCAAUGAGGCACCUUGGAAUGCACCACAUGCAGAAGAAUGGGACAAAAUGACAAUGAAGGAGCUCUUUGAUAAGCUUUGCUGGACAAGGGUUGCUCGGCGGUUUGCUGACCUUUUUGUAAACGUAAAUGUCACCUCAGAGCCCCAUGAGGUCUCUGCUCUGUGGUUUUUGUGGUAUGUGAAACAGUGCGGGGGAACUACAAGAAUAUUCUCCACUACUAAUGGAGGACAGGAGCGGAAAUUUGUUGGUGGUGCAGGGCAGGUGAGCGAGAGGCUAAUGGAUCGUCUUGGUGACAGAGUAAAAUUGGAGAAGCCUGUAUGCAGCAUUGAUCAGACUGGGGAAAUGGUAGUAGUGGAGACCUUAACCCAUGAAAAGUUUGAGGCCAACUAUGUCAUCAUUGCUAUAGCUCCUUCCCUAAAUCUGAAGAUGCAGUUUACUCCUUCUUUACCUCCAAUAAGAAACCAACUAAUUCAUCGUGUCCCCACUGGAUCUGUCAUCAAAUGUAUGGUUUACUACAGAGAAGCAUUUUGGAAGAAAAAAGGCUACUGUGGCAGUAUGGUUAUUGAAGAAGAAGAAGCUCCAAUUGGGCUCACCUUGGAUGACACCAAACCAGAUGGAACAGUUCCAGCCAUAAUGGGGUUUAUCCUUGCACGUAAGGCAAGAAAAUUGGCAAGUUUAUCCAGAGAAGAGAGGAGAAGAAGGAUCUGUGAAAUUUAUUCAAGAGUUCUUGGAAGUGAAGAAGCACUGCAUCCAGUACAUUAUGAAGAGAAAAACUGGUGUGAGGAGGAGUACUCUGGUGGUUGCUACACUGUGUAUUUCCCUCCAGGCAUCAUGACCCAAUUUGGCAGAGUGAUUCGUGAGCCAGUGGGCAAACUGUACUUUGCUGGAACCGAGACAGCCACAGAAUGGAGUGGUUACAUGGAGGGUGCUGUUCAGGCAGGAGAGAGAGCUGCGAGAGAGAUUCUUUAUACAAUGGGCAAGAUCUCUGAGUCAGAAAUCUGGAAACCUGAACCUGAAUCACUGGAUGUUCCAGCUCGGCCUAUUACUACAACAUUUUGGGAGAGGAACUUGCCAUCUGUUUCAGGCUUCUUUAAACUAAUUGGCUGGUCUACAUUCUUGACCUCAGCUACAGUUGUGGGCGUUAUGGCUUACAAAAAAGGUCUUCUCGUAAAAAAGUGCUAAGAAAAAUCAACCAGGCAAGAUAUAAUGGUGAUAGUUUGCAGGCAGCUGUUAAUUGCUUUGCCUUUGCUAAACUGUUAUCUUUACAGUACAGUAUGUGAUUAAUCUCUGUUUAGGGCUGUAAUCAAUACAGAGUAACAUAAUCAGAUUACAUGUACCUUUACUAGACAAAUUACACUUUAUUAAAUUCUGCACAUUGCUUAAUUUUAUAUGAAUUAAUUGUUUUUAACAUAAUUUUAUGCUUUUCUAUUAAUUGUAGUUCUUAACUUUUCAUACUUGUCAAGCAGAUUAAGUCUGUUCAGUCUUACAAUGUUUGUUCUCUGAAUGAAUUUUAUUUUCAUAGAAAUUACAACUCCACAAAUUAUGUAACUUGUUAGUGGCUGCCAACAGUGAAUACUGGUGCUGGAGCUUUGAAGAGGUGCUACAGUAUACUUUAACUAAAAUAAUUUGUUGAUAUAACUUUUUUCUUGUCUAUGUUCACUGGAGUGGUAAACUUUUAGAAUGGUUCAUGAUCAUUCAGACUAGAAGUGUUAAAAUCAGAUCCUGAAGGGUACCAGUAGUUGCAGGUUUCCAUUUCAGCCAGUUUCUCAAUUAUUAACCAAUUACUGCUGCUAAGUGAGCAGACUUAUUUUGCCUUAAUUUUAAUUGACUUGCUUUUUUAGAUUUAAAAUCCUAAUUGUUCUUUUUUUCUUUAACCAGUGGCCAAACAAAUACGAGAUGCAAAACAAGCCAACAGAUGACCAGCUACCUUUGUCUAAUUUGAAAAAUUUCACUCAUCCUAUAUUUCUUGAUAAAAUAUUUGAAAAGAAAAUUGUGACAGUCUGAGAAAUAUUGGUCUGUGCUGGUCCACAAAACCGUGCUCCCAGAAAAAGAAAAACAACAGUUUUAAAAAUGUCUGAUUUAGCAGAAUGAUAACAUUAAGAAUGCACUGAAUUAAGUAAUGGGUAUCCUAAAGGGCAGGAGUUUUCUUCUAAUUAAGAAGUUGGUUGGAGUGAAAAUAGUGACUCUCCAGGAACUACAGCAUUUUAGAAAUACUACAGUCAGCUACCUGUAUUUAAGGAAAAAGAACAAGAGCUACAAAUCUUGAAAAAGCAAGUCAAUUAAAAUAAAAGCAAAACAAAUAGUCUUUUGCAGUAAUAAUUGUCUACAAAAUAAGAAAAAUGGCCUAAAUGAAAAUCUGUAGUCACUGCAGCCCUCCAAAGACUCAGUUUGACACUCCUGAUUUUAGAAUUCAAUUUCAGAACCUUAGGUUUUGCCCCCGAUGAUUCUGUUAGCAUUCCUUUCCCCAAACCAAAAUAGUGCUUUUCUCUCUUUUAUUUAUAGCUAAGCUUACCAUCUGGCUGAGAUAUAGUCAGAUAUGCAUAUGUGUGCAUUACAGCUGCUCAUUUUUGUGAUUUUUUACUUAAUAUAAGAAGUAACAUGAUAAAGUGUCUUCAUAAGAUUGUGAAGGUGUUUAAAGCAAAGUUGUUCUAUUUAUAAUGGUUUGAUUGCAGCCUUUUAGCAUUUACCAACUGAACAUAUAGAGGGUGGCUUCUCCAACUCUUCUUUUCAAAAAGCACUGUAUUUUAGUGGAGGAGGCACUAUGCAUAUACAGAAGUAUUCAACAGGAUAAAAUGCUCUGAGCAAAGAAUAAUCUAUAGGCGUGGGAACAAAAGCUCACUGCAUUCACAGUUUAAUCAGUAUAAACAAUGACAUUUACUGAUGUAUAGUCAUUAUCAAGAAAGUGGUAAACCAUAAGUACCCUGCACAAACUGAGUUACUACAAUGAGGCCAUCAUCUCCCUUGUGUAUAAUGAUUACGCAGAUCUCCUGGAGCUCUGAUCCUGACAUUCAUCUGUAAGCAGCCUGUACAGUAUAGAAACUUGUUACACAUGAAACUUAACAUUACUACCUCAUGUUGAAAAGAAUUCAUAUGUAGUCUCAGUAAAGUUUAAAAUAGUUUUGCUUUCUCCUACAUUUUUAAAACAAAAUAACUGACAUCAAUAUUUAGUAAAAUGUUUUUAGAAAUACAAUAACAUUUUUUGAGAUUCUUUCCUUCUUGAUGCCAUGCAGUGGGUUGCACUUUGGUUUUUAAGGCUUGAUUGACUUUAUAAAAGGAACUGGUAAAUAUGCCUAAUACUCUGCCAUCCCCAUUACGCUUCAUUCUCAUUGCUGUCAUGGAACUACACAUUCUGCAUUUUUUUCAAUCUUCAUGUGAGUACACGCCAAAUGAUAUUAAUUGUUGAUUUACUAUAAUGCAUAUA